GACAACGUCCUGCUGAAGGCGAACGUUCUGAAGAACAACAACCUUCUGGAGUUCAAGAAGAAGUUCGGGCUAGCAUGGGUUCUUCAUCAAGUCGUGGACCUCCUUCAGCGCAUUCAGCUGCGGUGCAAGAGACCCGCGACAUCCUCUCCACGACUCAGAACCGGCUUUAGUUUGAAGCCAUCAGCAAGGCCUUACAGACCUUGUGGGACGAACAGCUGCUUGCCCACGUAUCAUCCAUCUUCGGCAUCCUCCAACUAUGGUCAUGUGUACAUGCAACAGUCUUGGGAAGAUGAUGCAUGGCCCUCUGAUUCUUGGGACACUUCGUCUCAUGAUGCUGACUGGUGGGGUGAUGCGCAAUGGCAUGAAGAAUGGCAUGAUGAUUGGCCUUGGGAAGAAGAACAUGCGAGCUCUGAGCCUCCAACCUUAGCGCCUGUGGAGGAAGAAGAUGAACAAUUGAAAGAAGCACAUCAAGCUGAGCAAGCUGCGGAGCAAUUGGCUAUGGAAGCCAAGCGCACAUGGGUGGAAGCUCAGCACACCACUCAGCAGGUGCGCAAAGACCGUGGUUUUGGACAACAUGGUCCUUCUUCUACCAGAUGCUUCAACUGCGGUGGCAACCACUUUGCCCGCGAUUGCACAGACAAGCGUGUGCCUCCGUACUCUGGCAAGGGCGGCAAAAACAACCACAUGGUGUCCUAUGACGACACUGGAAGCAGCAACUUGACGAAAAUUGGGAGCGAAGACUACAUCCAGUACUACCUCAACAUGAUUGUCAAGCUCAACAAGAAGCGAUGGCAAGCGAAUCUGCUGACGCAGAUGCUGCAGCCUCUUCUGAGGAUGGGCAGUUGGUUCCAGCAUCCAGCUCUGCGAGCUCCUUGGCAAACAUUCCUCAACAAGAACAAGAUGCCUGGAGUGCACAACUUCACCACUAUCAUCGCACAGCUGGCCAUCCAACCAACAAGAACCUCAUCCACCUCUUUCGAGAUGCAGGCUUGCCAGAAUGGAAACUUGAGAUGGCUCGUCAGUUUCGAUGCUCCGGCAAUGUGCCUCCUGCUGCGACUCACGGGGACCUACAAGGCGUGGCAGGCCAUAGGCUUUGAUGCCAGCGAAUGGCUGGACGUGAAGAUGACAGCGUCCGCAAUCCAAACUGAUCAGCCUACUUUGGAACCCAAGGUGACUUUGAUGCUAGCAUGCGCUGCUUUGAACGCUACUGAGUAUUCCAAAGGAUAUUCCUCUUUUCAGUGGGCUUAUGGAAAAGACUAUGUGCUGACCGAUGAAGACCUUCGGACUUUCAAGGACAUUUCGAAGUCUGACGACUCCAUGUCCUAUGAGGCCUUGGUCCGAGCCAGACAUGAAGCCGAAGCUGUGGCAAGAUCAGCAACAAAGAUGACCCAACACAAUGGAGAUCUAUCGCACACAUUUUGCCUGCGCGAGACUAUGAAGAUCUCACAGACCAAGUACCUGGUGAAGAAGAAUCUGAAGAACCUGAUCUACCCCAACAGCCUGAUUCUUCAACAACUCUUUGCAUUCCCAAGCGUCACUGGGAAGAAUCAACUUCUACCUGAAAAUGCAGAAACUGCUGAAGAACGUCUACAGCGUCUUGCAGCAGGAUCUGAACCAGCUCCGCGACCAGUCAAUGACUAUGAUGGUGAAUAUGAACCUGAGUCACCACUACCUGAUGAUGAACAUGACAGGGUCGCAUUUGAUGAUGGUGAACAUGAACAUGAUCCACCACUACUUGAUGACACACCUCCAUUUGAGCAACCUGAAAAGAAGCAAAAGACUGAAGAGAUUUCUAUGCCUUCCUAUGUCGCCACAGUCUCUGAAGAUGGUGUUCAUCGAAAGCCCACGGAACGCCACAUGAAGUGGCUACAUCCGUUGCAGAAGAAGAUCAGCAAUGACAGACUUCAUCAACGACCCCACAGCGUUCCUGGUCAGCUUCGUGACUCUGGAGUUGUCUUCAGAAAGCUCAGCAACGAGCACAAGGACCUGUUCACCCGAGCCAAGUCCAAAGAGGAGACUGUCCACACCAGCGAUGGCCUCACGAAGGCCAAAGCAAGAAUUGUCUUGUUAGGCUUUGAGCAUCCUGAGUUAGGCUCCUCAGACUACAAGACCAGUUCUCCAGUCCAAUCAGUGUUAGCCAGAAACCUGCUAUAUCAACACGUAUGUCAACAUGAUUGGUCUCUUGAAGCCAAACUGCGCCAACCAGUGCAGAUGCUCGACUUUGGACAUCAGGUGUGGCGGAACUACGGGAAGCUCUUCAAGUUGGACCUGAAGGCAUCAUGCGCAUCCAGCGUAACAUCUAUGGCUCCACCACUGCACCACGUGGAUUAUGGUGAACGAUGUCUCUGGAUUUGGACCAGCGAACAUGAGAAAGAUGAAGAUGACAAUCCCAUUGUCAUUGGCAUGACAGGCGACCAUGUCGACGACUUUCAUCGAUGUGGUAAUCCCAGAUCUGAAGAAUGGAACUGUGUUUCCAAGCGCAUUGAUGAAGUAUACAAAUGGGGCAUGGCGAAAACCAAUGAAUACCGACAUGCUGGCACUGACUUGAAGAUCACUCGCGAUCGCGAUGGCGACCAGGUGAUCACAGUCAAUCAGCAAUACUACAUUGACAUGCUCACGGAUGUGAACAUCCCUGCGGAUCGUCUUCGUGAUGAGAAUGCAACUCUUUCCAGCCACGAACUUGCAGCAUGCCGUGGCGCUCUGGGAUCCUUGCAAUGGUUAGCGAUACAAACACAACCCCUUCUUUGUGCAAGAUGUAACCUCCUGCUCUCUGAACUUGUGAAGUAUGCCAAGAUUUCGUCAGCGCUUGAGAUUCAGCGGAUGAUUGGCGAAGUACGACAGCAGCCUACCGAGCUCAAGUUCUUUAAGCUGAAGACUGCGAAGUCCUGGAAGGAUAUCACCGUGGUCACUCUUUCAGACCAAGCUCACAGCAACCGUCCUGGUGGCGAUUCCACUAGUGGCCUUGUGACUUUGAUGGCUGGCCCUGAGGCCAAACAUGGACAUGUCUGUCCGAUGGUUCUUCUGUCUUGGAAGAGCUGGAAGCUGAAGCGCAAGGCAAUCAGCUCAAAUGAUGCGGAAGACCAUAACUUCCGUGUGCGCCUCCUUUGGAAUGAAAUGCAUGGAGCUGGUUGGCACCGAACACCCCAGGUUGAUCAAGUGGCCUGGGCGGAAAACCAAGUCCGUAACACUGUUGGCAUUCUUGGAACAGACUCCAAGGGUGGCUUUGAUGCAGUCCAGGUCAACGAGAGUCCUGUGCUCGGUUUGAGCCAUCUUAGAUCUGCACUUCAAGCUUUGCAACUUCGUGAAAGCAUGAUUCGCACCAACUGUUUUCUGAGAUGGCUUGCGAGCGAUUAUGAUCUAGGAGAUGCUUUGACCAGAUUGCCGCAUUGGUCUUUUGAAGUAUUUGAGAACGAAGCUGUGGUACGAAGAAGAACGCAAAGAAAGGCCAUACAGCAGUGA